CUUUACUUAUGUACCAUAAGAACUUUCGUAUGAACGUAUCAUCUUAGUCUUACUCAACGAAAAGUCGUGUAAACAAUAAGUGGCGUAGACCCAAUCAAAUGCGAUGAAGUGGUCAUAUUAUAUGCUUAUAACAUAUUAUAUAAUAAACAUCCCCAUUUGUAACUUCCUUUUCCCCGAAAACAUCACAGUCCACGCUGGUGUCUCUCUCUUUCACUCCAUCACGUUUCAUGUCACCAACCCUUAUCUUUCUUCUGGCGAUGAGCUUGUUUGCAGUAAAUAAUGGCAACCCAAACAUAGAAAUAAAGAUUGGAGUGAUUCUAGAUAUGGAUUCCAACGUUGGCAAGAUGAGCAAGACUUGCAUAUCUAUGGCAAUAGCCGAUUUCUAUCGAAAACACGACAACUACACCACCAUAAUCGACCCUUACUAUCGUGAUUCGAAGCAAGACAACGUUCAAGCAGCAUCCGCAGCACUCGACCUCAUGAAAAACAUUCAAGUCACCGCGAUUAUUGGACCCAUGACAUCCUCACAAGCAGACUUUGUUAUAGAUCUUGGUAACAAACUAAAGGUUCCAGUCAUUUCACCAGCAGCAAGCCCAUCACUCUCACCAACCAACAACGUGUACUUCAUCCGGUCUGCACAUGAUUCGACGUUACAACUUAAACCGAUUACAGAACUGAUCAAACACUUUAGAUGGAGUGAGGUUGUGUUUAUGUAUGAAGAUGGUGAGUAUGGGAGAGGUCUUGUUCCUUAUCUAUCUGACGCCAUGAUGAACAUUGGUACCAAAGUCACAUACCAAACCGUUAUAUAUCCUUCGGUUUCCGAUGAUUGGAUACUCGCGGAGCUUUACAAGCUCAAGACAAUGCAGACUCGGGUGUUCGUGGUGCACGCGUUACCUGAUUUGGCUUCGCGGUUAUUCAAGAAAGUGAAUGAGGUUGGAAUGAUGGAUGAAGGGUAUGUUUGGAUUAUAACUGAAGGGCUCACUAAUCAAUUGCAUUAUUUGGAUCAUAAAGAGGACUUGAUGCAAGGAGUGAUAGGUGUUAACUCGUAUAUCCCGAAUUCGGGUGAGUUAUUCGACUUUAAGAGAAGAUGGAAAAGGGAGUUCCGGAGUCGGUAUCCGGAGGAUGACGUGACAGAGCUUGACAUGUCUGGAAUAAGGUUGUAUGAUACUGUUUUUGGUCUAGCAAUGGCGCUAGAGAAGAUCCAGAAAGAAAAAGGGGACUCUGAUGGCACUGGAGCCUUAAAUAUGAGAACAAGGCUCCUUUCAUCGAUCCGAAACUUUAGAUUUGACGGGAUUAGUGGCGACUUCAACAUGAUCAACGGGCAGUUACAAUCGUCGGUGUACGAAAUAGUGAACAUAAUCGGUAGUGGGGAGAACACAAUCGGGUUUUGGAGCCCCGAAAUUGAUGGGAUCUCAAAGAAGUUAAGCAAUAAUACAAAGGGUCUUAAGCCAGUUACAUGGCCCGGUGGAAGUCAUGUUAUCCCUAAAGGCUGGGAGAUCCCGGUCAGCAACAAGAACAUGUUAAGAGUCGGGGUUCGAGUAGGGGGGUUUGAUCAGUUUAUUGAUGAACACAUCGACCCGGAAACCGGUCAAAUUACCAUGACCGGUUUCUGUGUCGAUGUUUUUAACGCGGUUGUUGACGAGUUGCCAUAUGCUUUUAAAUUUGAAUUUGUACCUUUUGUUACUUCUGAUGGCAAGAAACCUGCAGGAAGCUAUGAUGAUCUUGUUUUCAAUCUCUCUGCUGGGGGAAACGAUGCGGUGGCCGGAGACAUUACAAUACUUGCACACCGUUCGGAUAGAGUGGCUUUCACAUUGCCAUACACAGAGGCCGGUGUUUCGUUGGUUGUUCCAAUCAAAGAUGAAAGAAAGAGUGCAUGGAUCUUCUUGAAACCCUUAGAGAAAGAGCUUUGGAUAACAACUGGUGCAUUUUUCAUAUACACUGGAAUCGUGGUAUGGGUUAUUGAGCAUCGCGUAAACGAAGAGUUCCGAGGUGCUCCUCAUAAACAAGUGGGAAUGCUCUUGUGGUUUUCCUUCUCCACACUUGUCUAUGCACACAGGGAGAAGUUGAUCAGCAACUUAUCGAGAUUUGUGGUGAUCGUGUGGGUGUUUGUGGUGCUGGUGCUGACCUCGAGCUACACCGCGAGCUUGACAUCAAUGUUAACGGUACAAAAGCUUCGGCCUACAUACACUGACAUCAAUGAGAUCAAGAGAAAUGGAGAAUCAAUAGGAUACCAAGAUGGUUCUUUUGUCAGGGAUAUGUUGAUACGUAUGGGUUUUAAUGACACUCAGUUGAAAGGCUAUAGCACAUUUGAGCAGUACCACGAUGCCCUCGAAUUAGGAAGUCAAAACGGAGGUGUUUCUGCGAUUAUGGAAGAGCUUCCUUAUAUUAGGGUUUUUGUGGCUAAAUACUGUAACAUGUAUACCAUGAGAGGUCCCAUCCACAAAACUGCAGGUUUUGGUUUUGCAUUUCCAGUAGGGUCCCCUCUUGUCCAUGAUGUUUCUAAGGCAAUCUUACAAGUGACUGAGAAGCAAAUGAUGAACAUAACCAACCACUGGUUUAAAGAAGAUGCCAACUGUGAUCAGCAGCUGAAGGGGCCUCAAAUGAAAACUGAGGGGUUCGGGCUCAAUAGCUUUAAGGGAGUUUUCCUCAUUGCCGGGUUAUCAUCCACCUCGGCUCUCCUGAUUUUCGUCUUAAGGUUUUUGUAUCAAAAUAGAGAAAUGUUGGUGUCACAAGAUCAUUCAGUCAGCCAAAAGCUUUUGGUUAUGGUAGAAACAUUUGAUGUCUUGAGGGAUAAUAAAUCUAAAACAACAAUUCCAAAAGGAGCGGUUCAUGUGGAAUCUCACAACAAUAAUAGUCCAGCAAUUAGUGUGUUCCAUCAAGAAGCAGAAGUUUUCUCUCAGGAUGAAGAGUUUUCUAGUACUCAACCAGGGAGUCCGUUAGUUCUUGACACAAUACAAGUUGUACAAACUACAACUAAUUAAACAUGUUCAAUUGUUCAUAAUGCUAAUUAAUCUUACACACACUCUUUAA